AUGCUGCUGAGCUCGUUUCCUGACAGGCAGGCCUAUUUAAGACCCUCUGCCAUCAGUGAAACAGCAGAGUCACAGGUUGGGAAGCACAUCAUCAAGUCACGCUCCAAGCAUCCCGCCAUGCUGCCCCAUCAUUAUUCGUCCUACGCGUCAUCUGGAACAGUUAGGCUGAAAGCUCUCAGUAGCUCAAGUGUGUCACUGUCUUAUGGAGGCUAUGGCACUCGAAUGUCUCAUUCCUCAGCCAAAGUGGAUACAACUCAUGACUUCAUAUUUGACAAUGAAAAGAUGAUUUUGCAGAAUCUUAACAGGCGCAUGGCAGCUUACCUGGAUAAGGUGCGCUCUUUAGAAGCUGCCAACAGAAGGAUUGAGCUGCAAAUCAAAGAAUGGUAUGAGCGCAGGAGCACUACGUACUGCAAAGAUCUGACUCACUACUACAGCACCACUGAAGAGCUAUGUGAACAGAUUAAUUCUCAUGCCAAGGAAAAUGCUUUACUCUUUCUGCAAGUGGACCAUAUUAAAAUGGCAACUGCCAACUUUAAGGCGAGGGUUGCGGUAGAGAGGAACAUGUGUUUGGUUGUAGAAGCAGAGAUGGCUCAACUGCGUAGGGCUUUGGUGACAAAUCAGAUGGCCUGUGAAGACCUGAAGUUCCAAAUAUCCUCACUGGAAGAACAGCUGGUGCUCCUCAAGAAGAACCAUGAGGAGGAGAUGCAUUUGCUUCGUACCCAGCAGUGUGGCUCUGUGGAUGUGCAGAUGGACUGUGCCACCUCAGUGCCUCUUGAUGAGGAGCUGCAGGCACUAAGGGCCCAGUUUGAGGCACUCAUCAUAAAGUACCAAAGAGAUGCUAAAAUCUGGUUCCAGAGCAAGGUGAAAGUGUCUCGAGUGACCAGCAGCACUGCUGAGGUCAAAACAUCUCAUACAUUAGUCUCUGACCUAAAGAAGACGUACCAGCAAAGGAAGAUGGAGUUGGAUAGUCUCCGCCUACAGAAUCAUGUGGUGGGGAAGAGUCUGGCGGAGGUGGACGUGCAUUACGCCGCCCAGCAAAGCAAGCUGCAGUUGCACACAAAUUACCUGCAGGGGGAGCUGGAGGACCUGAAGGCCAGCACACAGCAGCAAUGCACACAGUACAAGCUGCUACUGGAUGUGAAGAUGAGGCUGGAGACGGAGAUCACCGAGUACAGGAGACUGCUGGGUGGAGAGGCCACAGGAACUAUUGUGAACUCAAUUAUGACGGACACGGUGACCCAAACAGUGGAAACUAAGAAGGAGGUGACAGCUAAGAAGCACGCCCCCCACAUCCAGAGACGGGUGAAGAUUAUUGUGGAGAAGCUCGUGGAUGGGGAGGUGGUGUCUGUUGACAAAACCGAGAAACUGGAGGAGGUUAUCAACUGAGUGGUACAAGCACAGGAUCCCCCUACAGAGUAGAAAGCCGCUGAACUGAAUAAUAAUGAAGACUCUGACAAUUCUAUGCUAUAGCACAACUGAAACACUUAUUUUCGGUGACAUGCCAGAGGAGCCCUUAAGUCAUUAUUGGCAUUUUGACAUUAGGAUUUGCCCCCACUUGUGGGGCAUAUGGUCAAAGGAAAAUGUACGGUUCGUCCACCAGGUGACACCGUUCUCUGGAACAUAAUCAUGUUCUUUCAUGUUCUUUCAAGAUUAAUACAGAGUAUGCGCUCAGAAAUUCAGAAUACACAAUCCAAAGAAUGGAGAUUCAAGCUGUCUUAGGCACUUGUGAGGACUAAGUUCUGUUCCUGUAGAGAAUGACAAAUGAUCAGUGAGGUUUCCCAAUAGACAACAGGGAAACUUUUUUUUUUUUUUUUUUUUUUUUGGCAGGGAGUUGUUUAUUUUGGUUAAAAAAAAGCAACAACCUGUAAACACCUAGUUCCAAAUGAACUGUAUGCUUUAAAUAUACUAACAAAUGCUCUAUGCAGUCCAAGAUUCAAUAUAUUAAAUUGAAUUCAUGCAGCCUGGGUGACUUUAUUCAGUAGUGCUUCAU